AUGCAGCGCAUCAGAGAAAGUAUUCACAUACGCACUAUGAAGGCCAAGAGGAAAGUGGAGGAGAUCUCCAAAGAAGACGUCCAGGCCUUCCUCAAGAAGAAUGCCUUUGUGCUCUUUACAGUCGGAGCGGUUGUCAUAGGUAUUGUUCUUGGAUUCGCGCUGCGCCCCUAUAAGAUGACCUAUCGAGAAGUAAAGUACUUCUCUUUCCCUGGAGAGCUGCUGAUGAGGAUGCUUCAGAUGCUUGUCCUGCCUUUACUGAUCUCCAGUCUAAUAACAGGAAUGGCAGCUUUGGACAGCAAAGCUUCAGGAAAGAUGGGAAUGAGAGCUGUGAUUUACUACAUGACUACGACCUUUAUUGCCGUCUUCAUCGGUAUCAUAAUCGUGCUAAUCAUCCACCCAGGAAAAGGAUCAAAAGAUGAGUUUGGAAAGCAGCAGACCAUAGAGCAAGUCAGUCCUGCUGAUGCCUUCUUAGAUCUGAUCAGAAAUAUGUUCCCACCAAACUUGGUCCAAGCCUGCACACAGCAGUUUAAAACCAAAUACGCAAAGCGAGUAGUCCAUGUGACGGUGACAGUGAAUGACACCCUCUUCAACUCAACCAAUGGCACCCAGGAGGUCAUGGAGAUCUCCAGGGAGGAGAUGAUCCCAGUGCCAGGUCAGGUGAAUGGGGUCAAUGCUCUUGGGUUGGUGGUCUUUUCCAUGUGCUUUGGGCUAAUAAUUGGCAACAUGAAGGAGCAGGGCCAGCUCCUGAGGGACUUCUUUGACAGCCUCAAUGAAGCCAUCAUGCGCCUGGUUGCCAUCAUUAUGUGGUAUGCUCCCAUUGGUAUCCUGUUCCUAAUUGCAGGAAAGAUUGUGGAGAUGGACGAUCUAACACAGAUGGGUGGCCAGCUGGGCAUGUAUACCAUUACAGUCAUCAUUGGCUUGAUGAUCCAUGCCAUUCUUAUUCUGCCCACUCUUUAUUUUGUCAUCACUCGGCAGAACCCCUUUAUCUUCAUUGCUGGGCUCCUGCAAGCUCUGAUAACAGCUCUGGGGACAUCAUCCAGCUCUGCCACUCUCCCUGUCACCUUUAAAUGUCUGGAGGAAAACAACAGAAUUGAUAAGCGGAUCACGCGUUUCGUGCUGCCUGUGGGUGCUACCAUCAACAUGGAUGGAACAGCCCUGUAUGAGGCGCUAGCAGCCAUCUUUAUCGCCCAGGUCAACAACAUGGAGAUGAACUUUGGUCAGAUCAUCACCAUCAGUAUAACUGCAACUGCAGCCAGUAUUGGAGCUGCUGGCAUCCCUCAGGCAGGCCUGGUCACCAUGGUGAUAGUGCUGACCUCUGUCGGACUUCCUACUGAUGACAUCACUCUCAUCAUCGCAGUUGACUGGUUUCUGGACCGUCUGCGCACCACCACCAAUGUUUUGGGGGAUUCGAUCGGAGCUGGCAUUGUGGAGUUCCUGUCUCGACACGAGCUCCGCAGCAAAGACGUGGAGAUGGGAAACUCUGUGUUGGAGGAGAAGGAGAGGAAGAAACCUUACAAGCUCAUCUCCCAGGAUAGUGAUUUUGAAAAUGACAAACGUGCUCACAGUGAAUCGAACAUGUAGCUCAACCCUCAGCUUUACCUACAUCUGUGAACACAUACAAAUAUUUACAGCUGGUUCUGUUUUUGGGAAUAGGAACCUAAAUGUGAAAUAUUGUUGUUAACCAUAAUUUUACUGUAAUUAUUUCACACUUUGGCUUUAUUAACAUUCCUUUACUGUCAUGUUUCAGAGGUGAUGGCUUUCUUAUAAUCAUCUUUUAAUCCAAUUGACAAAGAUCAUGUUCUUUAAAACAAAUGCAUCAGUCAUAUAUUUCAGAUAGGACUGGUAGUUUCUGUUUUUUAUGUUUACUAAUUUAAUGACCAUUUUAACUUCACUCAUAUAGAGGCUGAAGUGAAGGUAGGUAACAGGUGAUGCUGGGUAGAUGAUUUAAAAAACUAAAAGAAAGAAAAAACUGCAGAAUGUCAAAGGCCACCAAG